AUGGCCGCUACACUUGUUAAACCACCUAAUUCAACAUAUACAUUUGCCAGUCAGCCUAAAGCCGUCCAACAAUUGCAAGGACAACGACAAAAGUUUCGGCAAGCACCUGUUGAUUCGCAGGAUGAAAGCAAUAUUUAUGGAAAUAUCAUGUAUGAUCGUCGUGUUAUCCGUGGAAACACUUAUGCACUUCAUACACUUCCUGCUCAUGCUCAACCAGAUCCGAUUGAAGUUCAACGUCAACAAGAGGCGAAACGACGGGCGAUAGCAAGACGAAAAGCUCGAGAACAGAUUCGUACAAGAACACCUGAACCUGUACAUGAUCGAAGAAAUGUUGACGUUCAAACUGAACUCUAUCUUGAAGAACUCAGGUAA